AUGGGAAAUAUUAAUUCAAAUGUUAAGAAAAAGAAUGGGAUCGGAAACAAAUUAAUGUUGUUUUUGGGAAUAAGAUUAGAUAAGUAUUAAAAAUAUCAUUUUAAGUUAGUUAAACAAAUUAUCUAUAAAAAUAAUCACAACAAUCUCUAGUUUUUUAACAUUAAAAGAAUAUAAUAUAAUGUUGUAAGUAUCUUCUACAACAAAUAAGCUUUUUGGUUAAGUGUCUAGUUGCUAUUAAGUUCAUUGUUAGAAACUAUUAAAUGUGAAUAGUGAUUUAGUACAUUCUUAGAAUUGGAAAUAGAUGUUGAAAUUAUUAUUGUGUACACCAAUAAAAGGCAUUCCAUAUGAAAAUGCUUUAAGAAGUAUUCGAUUCAACAUAUAUUAACAUCCUGCAUUUAUUGAAGAUAAGAUUAAUUACAGCACUUUUUAGAAAGGCAUUCUAUAUUUCGAAAGCUAAUUCUAAAAAGUACAAACUAAAGAAUUUGAGUAAUUAAAGAAGUUUGCUAAAAUUCAUUUUGAAUAAAUAUUAAAAUUAAGAUAAGGAUGUGAAAUUCAUAUAUAGAUGCCAUAAUAAUUGAUGAACAUAUAUAGUAUAUAGGAUUAUAUAAAAAUUUAUAAUGUGUAUUUGAACAUAAGAUUUGAUAAUGUUAAUUUAGUAUAAUUUAUUGAAUUGUGGGAUAGAUAUUGUGGAUGGAUAAGUAUAAUGGAAUGGUCUACCUUAACAUUAAUUGCUUAGUUCAAUUAAAUAAUAGAAGAAAAUUUAAGGAAAUAUCAUUUGCCUAAAUUUACAUUUCGUCAUUUCAUGGUUACUUUAUGGAUAAUGAAUUCUAAUAAAUGUCUUAAAACAUUAAGAUAAGAAUUUAAAGAGAAAUUAAUUCAAAGUAGAAUUAAAAAUAUCAAAAUCUAAUUGUUAAGAAGAUAUAUUUAAUAAUUAAUUGAUAUUAGCACAAAUCAAUCAAAUAUUUAAUAAUAUGGAUAAGCUAAUUUUUAAUAUCAUUCUGAAAUUUAUGCUUUGGCAGAUAUUGCAAUAUAGAUGACAUCAAACUAGAAUUAUUUUUAAGAUGAAUAAAUAUUGAUAUACACUUUUGGUGAGUAAAUUUAUAAAUUUAUAAUAUUUUAAAAUUUAUACUUAAAUAGAAUAGAAUAAUUUCAAAAUUAAAUAACUUAAUAUAAAGAAGCAAGUACUUUAGCAUAAAUUAAGUAAUUUUAAAUAUCUGAUGAUCUUGAUUAACAUAGUAAGGUUUUAGGAAGAUAUAAUAAAAAAUAAUAAAUAAGAGAAUUAUUUAGAUAAAUUUCAAAUUAGAAAGUUGAAGAUAAAGAUAAUCAUUAUUAGAAUGAUAGUAAAUAGAGUCUAGAAAUUUCAUCUAUUUCAUAAACUUCAACAAAAUGUAGUUUUUUGUUUAAUAGUAUAAAGAGUAAUGAUGUUUUAUUAAAUUACAUUUAGAUGUUUUAAAAAGAUUUAUACAAUUAAAUCGAGCAUUUCUAUUAGAUGUAAGACUCAAUUAUUGAAUAAAUGUAAAACUUAGAAAAAGAAUAAUAGUAAUAUGAUAUUCCAGAUUUGGCAGAGUAUAAACCAAUGAAAUAUGAGAGUGUAAUUGAAAAAUUAAAUUAAGUGAGAUAAAGAUAGAAUAAAAAUAGGAGUUUAAAUGAAUCACCUUCUUCAAUAUAUGGAAGAACUACAGCUUAAGAAAUGCUUUAAAGAGUUAUCAGUUGA